GGCUGCCUCGGGGAUUUCAGACAACCCCAAACUCAAAGCCGAGGGAAGACACUCCGAGACAGCUCCACCUGUGCCCCGGGGUGCUGGAGGCGGUGCGGGGGCAGGGGUGGUAUAAAAGGACCUGCCCUACAGAACGCUGAAGGCACUGGGCUCCUGACCCAGGACGGAGCCCGACCAAGUGAAACUCUCCCAGCUUUCUCAUCUGGCAGCCCCUGAGCCACGGACACCAUGGUGAGAGUCUGGCUCCCUCCCCUGCUAACUGUGCUGCUGGCCUUAGCCCUGGAAACCACUGGACAAGGAGAAAUGGUGACAGAAUUAUAGAUGGAUACCCAUGUGAAAGAGGCUCGCACCCAUGGCAGGUGGCCCUGCUCAGAGGAGAUCAGCUCCACUGUGGAGGAGUGCUGGUCAGUGAACGCUGGGUGCUCACUGCAGCCCACUGCAAAAUGGGUCAGUACACUGUGCAUCUGGGCAGUGAUAAGAUAGGAGAUCACAGUGCCCAGAAGAUCAAGGCUACAAGGUCAUUCCGACACCCUGGCUACUCCACAAAGACCCAUGUCAAUGACAUCAUGCUUGUGAGGAUGGAUAAGCCGGCCAAGAUGUCAUCCAAAGUGCAGAAAGUCAACCUUACAUCACAAUGUGAACCCCCAGGGACAUCUUGCACUGUCUCUGGAUGGGGUACCACAACCAGCCCAGAUGUGACCUUCCCCUCAAACCUUAUGUGCUCGGAUGUGAAGCUCAUCUCCUCCAAGGACUGCAAGAAGGUGUACAAGGACCUGCUGGGGAAAACCAUGCUGUGCGCUGGCAUUCCUGACUCUAAGACCAACACCUGCAAUGGUGACUCAGGGGGGCCCUUGGUGUGCAAAGGCACCCUUCAGGGUCUGGUAUCCUGGGGGACCUACCCUUGUGGCCAGCCCAAUGACCCGGGUGUCUACACACAAGUCUGCAAGUACCACCGGUGGUUACAGACCACCAUGAAAACCUUUCGUUGA